GGUCAUGACCUCAAGUUGUUGAGGUAUAUGCCCAAAAGCUAGUGUUUUGCCUUUUGAUUCAAAACAAAGUACAUCAAAAACGUAGACAAUGUUCGACAACAAAAAGAUUUUUGAUGAAAAAAGUGAUGUGACUAUAACUGACAAAGUUUCGAUAAUAAACUUGAUGCAACAGGCUGCGAAAAUAUGAAUCUCAGAUUUUGUUGAUAAAGUUUAUGCUAAACUGCAGGUUAAUUUAAAUUGAUCUAGUGUGACUUCGGAUUUCGUCUAAUAAUAAUGCAAUUUAAGGAGGGUUCACUUCAGUGCCCUGCAAAGGUUUUUGCUCUAUGUACAUACUAACUGACAGUGUGGAGGUCAGGAAAUCAACUUAGAUUAUAAUUUUCAUAACUGUGUACCGGUAGCAUAACGUCAGUGGUGUUAAUUCGUGACUGAUUGAUGCGAAUAGUAAUGAAUCGCACUAAAGGAACAACAAUGAUUAUUACUAUUAAUGGUAAUAAUCAUUUACUUAAAUGGCUCAGUUAUCACGGAUCACAGUACAUGCAUGUGGGAGACUACAUGAAUCUGACUGCAAAGUAAAUGCUCGCAAAAAUUAGCCAUUCGGAACGCAAACACAUCUUUUUCGAUUUUCAAUGGCACGUGCCCUACAAAUAUUAGUAUAUUUUUUCUCAAAACAGUGUUUUAAAAUGGUAUUUGGUUUGUAGCCAGAUUACUAGCGUUUCUUGUUAGAGGUCGUUGGUUUAUCUUACCUAUUUUAUUUCGUAACGGGAUUCGAUUUCAUACUCAUGCUCAGCUACACAAGAUUCACACUGAGAAUCUUAACACAUCCACACCCCACCUGCCUGCGAAAUCCAAUUAUACAGUUCAUCUAGCAACUGUUUAAUAAUACUUCACAGGCUCCUCCAAAUUGCUUUCGUACAAUCUCGUUUAGAUUUGGAACAAUGAAGUUAUUUAUUUGUCCCAUUAUUCAGAAGUUAUAAUUGUAAUCGCGUAAAGUGCUACAUCGCCUCCCUCUUCAUGUUGUGUCUAAAUGAUUACCGUUUGUCGUCGAUACGUGUUUACACAGUAAUUUACUACUCACAAUCCUUCAUUUAAGGUAUUUGGAAGUGAGCAUAUUGUCCCAGGAAUCAAGCUGAAUGCAAUUUAUUUAAUUUUAGUGGAUACGAUGAACUAACUAAUGAGGACCGAAGUAUUACUCGUUUAAAAUACUCUUCAUCUAUUAUUCUUUAGGUUGUGAUAUAUAUAUAUAUAUAUAUAUAUAUAUAUAUAUGUUCUUAGUGGUCUUUAGAGUUAUGAAAAAUUGAAUGCAGCUCUGGCUGUUGACAUUAAUAUGUCUAGUGCUAUCAUAAAUGCACAGAGAUAAUUAUGCACAAGCUACCUGCGUUGAAAUGUAUGUUGGUAGUAGCAUUUUGAAUUUAGCAUACACGUUACGUUGUAUGUUGAUGUCGGUAUAACGCUUCAUGCUUCAAUGAACUCGGUUAAAUGCCUUAAGUUGGUCACAACCAGAUCAAAAAUCUUGCACUGCUUAAUAGAGGAUAGUUUGGUUGCGAAAUCUACAGUGUAUCGAUUUUCAACCAGACCCGGAUCGAUUUCAAAUUCCGUAAAGACAACUGCGCAGUCAAAACCGUCAUCCUUUGUUGGUAAACAUGCACCACUGAUUCUUACAAAGUCAGCUGUAGCUCGAGCUCUGCAGCUCUUGCAAAUGAAUCCAGAAGCCACAGGAUUACGCAUUGGAGUUAGGACCCGUGGAUGUAAUGGCUUGUCAUAUACUUUGGACUUUUGUUUUGAAGGACGCCAACCGGGAGAUGAAGUUGUAGAACAAGAUAAUGUCCGCAUUUUCAUUGAUCGGCGAGCUCAGCUGACGUUACUAGGUACUGAAAUGGACUAUCAGCAGGACGUACUAUCAAGUCAAUUUGUUUUUAAUAACCCUAAUAUUAAAGGCACAUGUGGGUGCGGAGAGAGCUUUAGUGUAUAGAUUUCGAUUCUUAAUUGUGAUUUAGCACCCGUGUGUACUUCCAGAUAUGUAUUAAAUUAAUUCAAUUUAUUCUUUAGUAAAUGUUUUCUGUUUACUUAUGUUUUUAUAUUUCAUCGUACGAAAGUCAUAAUACCCAGCUUAUAAGAAAUAUGUUGACUGUUACUUAACAGAUAAUCACAUAUUUAUUAGAAGUGCACUAAGCUUUUUUUACGUAUUUCAGUGCUUGUUUGUGUAGUAGUUUAUUGAUUACAGCACAUCUCUAGUUUCAAUAACCGGGUAGCAUUACUACCACGCCAAAAUUGGGAUUCAGGGCUGAGUGCACGAAUCCUAAUAUGGUAACUGAGUUUUGUAGUUUAUCACUAUUUAUUUUAACACAUAGAUAUUGGUACAAGGAGGCACCAAAUACAUAUGCACCA